UUCGUCCUGUCAUUCUGACAGUUUAUGCUGCACUGUGUGGAUGCUAUUUUGUUGUUCGCCUCUGGUCUAGUUCGUCACAUUUUUGACAGCUCCUCUGCCAUUGCAAGCAAAAGAAAUAAUUUUUUCAAAGUGCUCUAUUUUAGUUUAAAACUAGUGCAGUUGGUGUAAUAACAUUUUCAACGAUUGCUCAUAUCAGAAGGAAUACAAGUUUGAUAUUUUCGGCAGGAAUCAUUGUGAAGGUUUGCUGUUGUGGGCGCUGCAAAAAUUGCUCUCUGCAGGAGUAACUUUGUUCGAAGUGGUGAAAACUUGUGCGUGUACAGUGCAGAAGACAAACGCAGCAAGCCUCGGUUACAUCUUCGGUGCCAGGCUAAAGGUGGAACGAACCUCGUCAAACUGGUAGUGUAUUUUUUUUCUUCACCACGAUAACUGCAAAAGGCAUCAAAAUUGAGGAAAUAGAGGAAAUCGUGGAGACCGAGGAGGUCAUCCUGUCUCCAGAUGAAAUGCAACAUGAAGAAUACGAAAUUACUUCGGUUCCGAUAGAAACAACGCAAGCUGUCAAACGGACCGACAUCCGCGACUUGGCUCGAGAAGCCAAUUAUCAGGCAAAGCUGCUGCAACAGGAAAAUGAAGCUCAAGAGCUCAACUUCCAACCGGCCUCGAGCGCAGACGAUACGGAAGGUUCGGACCAAGAGCAUGCUAUGGGAGAGCACAACUUUAGUACCGAACUCGAGGUUGAUUCAAUUAAAAUGGAAGGAAUGGAAGGUAUUAGUCCCAACGAUCUCUCUGCUAUCCGCAAACGGCGGGGAAAUUUACCCAAACAUUCGGUAAAGAUAUUGAAACGUUGGUUGUACGAACAUCGAUAUAACGCUUAUCCCAGCGAUGCGGAAAAGGUGACUCUCUCGCAGGAAGCAAAUCUAACAGUACUUCAGGUUUGUAACUGGUUUAUCAACGCGAGGCGCCGAAUUUUGCCGGAAAUGAUAAGGCGUGAAGGUCACGAUCCUUUGCAUUACACUAUUUCGCGACGGGGUAAAAAGUUAAACAAUCAACUGACCAAUAUGCAAGUUCCCAAUCCAAUGGCAAUGAGUCUCGCGUCUGAGGUUAUCGUUGGAGCCACCGAGGAAAUUAUCGAAGAAGAGGAAGUCAUCGAGGAGGGUGUACCUAACAUAAUCACUUCCAGCAUAGGCCAACAGUACGUACAGACACCAAGUGGACUGGUCAAGGUAGAAGAGGAUGUAGAUUUCGAGGACCAUAUUAUAUACCGGUCCGAUGAGAGCAAUAUCGAGUACGAAUACCCUGAGGAAGAAGAGGAGCUUCAAACUGAGCAAACUGAAUGGGAUGGCAUUAUCCGAUACGCGAACGACAAAGACGAUGAAAUUCCUGAAGAAAUAACAGAGGAAGAAGUAAUCGCUUCUGAUAGUCCUGUGAAUGAAUAUUUCACAACUGCUCACACCAAUGUCGCCACCCAUCAAUUACAAUUGUCACAGACGCAGAGUACAGUCAACGCAAAUGUUCCCUUUGGUCUCUCCCGAGUUCAAAUAGUGACCAGCUCGGCCAAUUCCACAUCAAGUCCAGCAAUAGCAACCGUGAAGCCAAGUGGUACUACAAUAAUCACGACACCUAUUCAGAUAGGAAAAGGGACGACAGUAAAAAAGUUGUUCACUACCACCACACCUGCGCUGGAAACAAACGCCAAAACAUCAACUCCGACGACGACGGUGACGGCCGUAUUAACACCAGCUAACUCGAACAUCAACAAUAACAAUAAUAGCAGCAGCAAUAAUAACACUCAUAACAACUCGCAACACACCACGACAGCCGUCAAAGUCAAAGGUGUAAUUCGCGACGACAAAGAUCAGUUCAAAUGUCUUUACCUGCUGGUGGAAACGGCUGUUGCCGUGCGCCAGCGGGAAAAAGAACAGGACGACGUGCACGUACUUGGCAAUUAGGAGGAUGGCAAGCAUUGGACCAAUCUCUUGUCACAAAAGGGCGCCAUUCUACUCCCUCUCACUACCCCGUAAAACCCGUUCGCAACGGUAGAGCAACAAAACACCCACAACGCGACGUCGUUUUAGAAGAAGAUUAGUGAAAAAUUCGUUAUUUUUUCUAUAAACUGCUAUAGAAAACGAAGCAAAACAUUGCAGAGAAUUUUAUUACACUAUAUAAGAGCAGAUUUAAGAUAGGUGAUAAUACGAAGAAAAUUGCGUAUGUCGAGAAAACCAUGGAACAACCCACAUCCUAACAUAAAAUUCAAAAGGUGAAUCCUGUAAAUACAUAAACUUACUUUGAACCGUAGCACUUGCGAAAAAUGUGAAAAAGAUCAUACAUGAUGUGAAGAAAUUACUAUUAAUGAUUAAAAUUAUUACUACUAGUUUGUAAGACAGCAGAGAGCACACAGAAGGCAAAUGAGUAAUUUUAUUCAGUUUUGCAAAUUUUUAAACAAAUAACAGUUCCGUAACUCAAUUCUGUUCUAUCAUUUGCAAUAACCAAGAAUAAUGCAAGCGACAUCUUUGAUAAGACUAAAAUUAUUUUUAAAAGGCACUGCUUCGGAUGUAAUUGCUUCCGAAAAUAUUAGACCGUAUGAUUAGAAGCGCUUGCGUAAAGUUUACUUGGGAAAAGUCGGGCAAACUCUUUUAUUCAUACGGAUUAUUGCGUGUGUAUUUUCCCUGCUUAAGAACAAAUUAACAACUUUUAGUAAUGUCGAAAUUCAAGGUUAGCGGUUGUGUUAGCAAUAUGAUUUUCAAAUCCGCGGAAGGAAGCUCACACUGCUAAGUCUCUUCCAUUAGCUAUUUUAGUGGCGUCUCAUUUUACUUUAGUGUUCGCGGACCUGGUGUUUUGUUUUCAUUCAUGUAUUCGUAUAUUAAAUAGUGCAUAUUACUAGGGCAAACAGUUUGACAUAAAGAAUCGAUAAUCAUAUCGCGCUAGGAUUUGGUUUGUUUUUAGUUGUUAAACCAAUUCACUAUGAACCCCUGGAAACGGGUGCGUACUGUGCAAAACGUAAGACCUAAGAUCGCCAUCAUUCAGUCAUGUAAAUGUAUCUUAUUGCUUCACAUCAGGUCAAUACAGUUUUGAGGGGUCCUUUCUGCGUUUUCUACAUUUGCGAUACUUUUUUUUCACUUUCGACUUUACUUACUUAUUUAUCGUCAUUUGAUAAACUCAGUCAAAAGUUAAGGAAGAAUUUUGGUUCAGUUGGAAAAGAAACUCUCAUAAUUAAGUACGUUUUAUAAAUAAAUGUAAAAAACUCUAUUAUAUAGAAAUAAUCAAAAACACUUUAAAUAAAAAAUAUGGAAACUAUUGAAA